CCCACCUCCAUUCCAUUGCAUUCCCAAUCCCAUUCCAUUCAGAUCCGGCACUCCACUUCACACACAAACAGAGCAGAACGAGGAGGGAGAGGAUAUGCUGGCCAUCUUCCAGAAGCAGGUGGCGCACGCGCCGCAGGAGCUCAACAGCCCCCGCGGCGGCGCGGCGUCCAACAAGCCCCGGAACCCCGACGAGAUCCUGCGCGACUUCCACGCCGCGCACCCCACCAACGCCAUCUCCACCUCCUUCAGCGGCGGCGCCGCGCUCGCCUGCGUCGGCCCCACCUCCGCCGGCACCGGCACCGGCACCGGCACCUACCCGCGGAUGUUCUGCGGCCUGGACGACAUCUACUGCGUCUUCCUGGGUCGCCUCGACAACCUGAGCGGCCUCAUCCGGCAGUACGGCCUGUGCGGGCGGUCCACCAACGAGGCGCUGCUGGUCAUCGAGGCCUACCGCACGCUCCGCGACCGCGGGCCGUACCCGGCCGACCAGGUCGUCAAGGACCUCGCGGGCGCCUUCGCCUUCGUCGUCUUCGACAACCGCUCCGGCGCCGUGUUCGCCGCGCUGGGCGGGAACGGCGACGGCGUGCCGCUGUACUGGGGCCUGGCGGCGGACGGGUCCGCGGUCAUCAGCGACGACCGCGACGUGGUCAAGCGCGGGUGCGGCAAGUCGUACGCGCCGUUCCCUGCUGGCUGCAUGUUCCACAGCGAGGGAGGGCUCAAGAGCUUCGAGCACCCCAUGAACAGGCUCAAGGCCAUGCCACGCGUCGACAGCGAGGGCGCCAUGUGCGGCGCCACCUUCAAGGUCGACACCUUCACCAAGAUCAACUCCAUGCCCCGCGUCGGCAGCGCCACCAACUGGGCCGCCGCCUGGGAGGAUGCCAUCUAGCGGUGUCCACUGCUCUGCUCUGCUCACCAACCAAACCAUCAUGUCCCAUGUCUGCAAGUCUGCACGGCAACCUCCCCUGCCCCUGCCCGUGGUCUUCCUAUCUACUAAUAGAUCCAAGCACUGCGUCAAAACUUCCAUCCAAACAUUAUUUUCUGAAAGGCUCCAUCAUUCUGAUUGGGCUAGUGCUACGGGAAACAGGAUGGAAUAGUAUGCCAUGUUACUAGAACUUUGUUUUCUUUUUCCCUUUUUUUUUUCCUUAUCCUGGCAUUUGUACAUUAGUUUCUGCAGUGCUUGUGGCUUGUGGACUUGGGUUGUUCAACAUCAUGAAUAAGAAAGAAGAGUUUGCUUCAAAACUUUGCUAA